AUGGUGCUGCUGUCGGGGGCCGGGGAGCAGCUGGCCGGGGAGCGGGUCUGCCCCGCGCCGGGAGCCGGCAAGGAACUGCCCGAGGCGGAGAGCGGCUCCGAACAGGGGGCGGACGGGUCUGCCGCCGAGGGGCACGGCGAUGAGGAGCAGGAGGAGGAGGAGGAAGACUGCGAGGAGUAUGAAGACUUCUCCGAGCUGCCCGACACCUGCAGCAUCGCCUCGGACGACUCCUUCUACCCGCCGGGGGGGCUGGGGGACGAGACGGAGGACAGCUGGUCCCUGGAGCAGGAGGACCGCGACAGCCCCGAGGGGCUGAGCCUCUUCCGAGCGUGCUGCACCAACAACGCCGUGGUGCUGCGGGCGCUCAUCCGGCAGGGCCCCGAGGAGGAGGAGGUGCGGGAGACCGACCGCAACCGCAGGAAUGGUCUCAUCGUUGCCUGUUACCAAGGAUAUGUGGAUAUUGUCAUAGCCUUAUCACAGUGUCCUCAUCUUGAUGUGAACUGGCAGGACAAUGAAGGGAACACGGCCCUGAUCACAGCUGCACAGGCAGGGCACAUAACCAUUACAAACUAUUUGUUGAACUAUUUCCCUGGGCUUGACAUUGAGAAGAGGAAUGUGUUUGGAUUUACAGCACUGAUGAAAUCUGCGAUGCAGGGACGAACAGAAUGCGUGAAAGCUUUGAUGAUGGCAGGGGCAAAUGUUCACACAACAGACCCAAGCCGUGGACUGACUUCAUGGGAAUGGGCUUGUUAUACAGGAAGGUCAGAAUCUGCUUUCAUCAUGCAAAAGCUGAUGGAUAAACCAUGCCCUGAACAGUUUUGUGAUCAAUAUGAACCAGAAUGGCCAAAGAUGAAGGAACUCCUUGCCAAGGCUGCAGAACCAAAAACCUGUUUGCAGAGGAUUUCUGAGUGUGUGAGGUCAGUUGUCUCGUUCCGGGCUUUCCAUGGCCCAGAAGAGGAUGGGGUCCUUGAUCACAUGGUGAAGGUGACAACAAGCUUAGGCAGUCCUUUCAUUGCUCUGUCAUGUAGGACUGUGUGUCCAGGAAGCCCACCUUCUGUGGGAAAACGCAGACUGGCUGUGCAAGAAAUCCUUAGGAAGCAGAGAGCCGAGGAGAUCCGAUCUCAGGACAAAGACCACGUUAGCAGCUAUGAGAAAUUAUUUCAGAACUCCAAAGUCACAGUAAUCCCCAAAAAGAAGGACCGUCGAGCAAGUCUGCAGCCCGUCAGCCUUGCAGUGUCUCAAGUGAGCACCAUAGCCACCAGGAAAACAAGCCUCCUGCCACUCCACCUGCUCAGAAGAAGUAGUGUGAGGCCAGGAUUUGUCAUCCCCAAAGUCCGUGUCAGCAAAGCUCCUCCUCCCACCUUUCAACCGGAAAAGGCAAGGAGGAGGAGCAGCGCUAAAGAUGAUCCCUACUUGCAGAUUCCUAAGUGGAGAUACAAGGAGUUAAAAGAGGAGCGGAAGAAGGCAGAGGAACAGGAGAAGAAAAGAGUAGCAGAGGCUCAAAGACAGAGGCAGGUGUCUCCUGCCAGAAGCAGAACCUGACUUACUGGCAGUUACUUGGAAGGUUUUAGAGCCAUUAGUCUUGUUAUCUGAGCAAGAUAACAGACUGCGUGCUGUCAUGCAUGCCUGCUGUUGAUGGAGCUGGAAUACUGUACAGCGGCCUUUGUGGUGCAGAAACAUGGCAAGGGCUAUAGCACAAUGUGUCUGAUUAUGGAAGGUGAAGUUAUUUUUGGGUGGAAGAUAAAAAAAAAAAAGUUCACCUGUAUGCUGUUGAUAUGAAGUUCAAGUGUUGGUUUUUUUCUUAUUUCCAGUUCCAGGAGAAUGACUGCACAACUCCUUGAAAAACAAUGUGUGUGAAAGGAUCAUAUUUUGUUUGUUCAUUUUGUAAUGGGCACGAUUAAGGAGUUGUAUUUUUGACACUAGAUAUUAUUUCCUCUUCUUGUAUAG